AUGACCAAAAAUACAUAUAAGAGACAAAAGCUAGCACAACAGCCUGUAAAUAUCCCAGCAGUGCCUGCCACCGUGUACGAGACCCCGAAAGAAUCUUUGAUCAAUUUUCCUUCUUCGAUCAUGAAUGGUAUAACGAAAGAAGGAGGAUUAGUUUCCUUGACAUUCAAAUCAAUAACAUGUGCUAACUUUGUUGAAAACUUAGAUUGGAUGCGUGAUGCAUUAAUAAGGAAAGAUGAUGAAUUUGAACCUACAAGAAUCAACGAAAACGUAUUCAAUGGAGACAAGAUGAUAACGGAACUUAAGCAAGAUAUUCAAGGCUUAACAGAAAAACCACAACAAUCGAACACGACAAAUGAUAUAAAUGAGUUACAAUCUAAGUUGUCUACUAGUUUAAAGGAUGAAGAAAGCUUCCGUAAUUUUGGCAUUAGCUUGGUUAAGCAGUACGAGAGUGAAAACCCAACGAAGAGUAUCAGUAUCAGUAAUAAGAGCUAUUCCACCAUAAAACAAGCCGAAAUUCCUGGUGUUAAGGUGAGUAAGUUUGAAGACGUGGAAAAUCCUGACCUCUCGGCAUAUGAAAGAAAACCGGUUGUUCAACAACCAGAAGAUUCAAUACCACAACCGGUUGCGGAAUCUGCACCAGUCCAAGAACAAACUCCGAAUGAAGUACCAAUGGUUUUGAAUAAUAGUAAUAAUGCAACGCCAGAAUUGACUCAGCAACAGAAUUUUCAAAACCCGGUUUCCCAGCCAGCCCCAAGCUACCAGGUAACGCCAUCUCCUUCGACUCAAGAUAGCAACGUUCAUACUACUUACCCCGAUCAGGCAUUUCAUAAUUCACCACCUCAGGGAAAUUAUUACUAA